AACCUCGACAAUCACGACCCACAACACAUCCCUUUCUUUUCCGGGAUCACCUGGCCCGGCCCAGGAACAACAAUCUUCUUGCCCGACAAAGACACGGUAUCACCAUUCCCUCGAUCCUCACCAGCCGCAAGGUUCUUCCUGUUCACAAUGUUGAAAAUCUCGGUCAAAACGGUCAAGAAUGCCUCCUCCACGUUGGUUGCUUCGAGAGCCGAGGUUUCUAGAAAGAAGAGCCCUUCAUUUUGGGCAAAUUCCUUGGCAUCUUCAGUGGGGACUGCUCUCUGGUCCUCCAGAUCGCAUUUGUUCCCGACUAGGAUAAUUACAAUGUUCUUGUCCGCGUGGGAACGCAACUCUUCCAGCCAGCGAGGGAUGUGGUCAAAGCUACAUCCGUACCUUUCUUGUCCGGCGGUGUCCCAGAUC